UCAGCUCAAACAGUCAAGAGAGAUACUGCUGGAAAAGAGUCAGAUGUAUUCACACGCGUGUAUCUAGGCACAGAAAUUGCCGAGAUGGAUCCAGGCGUACACGAAUGUGUAGAGCGGGUUCUUGGGCAAAUCAUGGACAGAACAAAAUGUGCUGAUUAUGAGCUUGAGCAUUUGUCUAUUAGUGGGAUUGACGACUGUUAUCAAAAUGCGAACUUUGAUCCAAAAGCUCUGGAAGCUGUCACUUUGAAGAAAGCACGAAAGAAAGGCCCAACAAUUGAAGAGGAGAUAGCAGCUGAAGUGGAAAAGUGGUCCUUCGGCAAUGCCUUGAUUUUUGCCUUUACGAGUAUUUUUUUGCUCAUAGGCCCAACAAUUGAAGAGGAGAUAGCAGCUGAAAUGGAAAAGUGGUCCUUCGGUAAUGCCUUGAUUUUUGCCUUUACGGUCAUAACUACCAUAGGUUAG